AUGAACAAGACUAAGAACUAUUUAAACGUAAUUUUUGUAGCCUUUCUGUUAUUAUCAUUAUUAUUACUGACUUGUAAUACAUCACAUGUUCAAAAAAAUAUUUCUCAAAGUUCAUCUACUUGCCAAUUACAACUAGAAUGUAUCGGAGCUAGUUCAUCUGGAUAUGGUCGUGUACGCAUACCUGUUCGAUCAGCUCGAGGGCCAGCUGGACCAACUGGGGAACAAGGAAACCCUGGACCACCAGGUCCUCGCGGAGAAACAACAAAAUUACAACCUAUAUGGAUUCCUAGACCAGUAGAAUAUCAAAUAGCUUUUUAUACAGGUUUGUCAAAAAGUAUUGAGAAUAAACCAGUGAACAAAAAUUGUCAAUUAAUUUUUGAAUCAGUUAUGUUGAAUCUUGGCAACGGAUAUGACAAUACUACAGGUAUAUUCACCGUUCCUGUUUCGGGUGUUUAUAUAUUUGUUGUAGUUAUAUCAGCACAAAGUUAUGAAAAGGCAGGUGUACGAUUACUACAAAAUGGCAAAGUCGUGUUACUUUCAUGGUGUGAAAGUACGUUUUGGGCAACUGUAACUAAUCAAGCUAUUAUUCAAUUAAACAAAAAUGAUCAAAUAUGGUUGGAAUGUAGAGAUGAAGCUUAUCGUUUACAUGGACAUAUGUAUAGCAGCCUAUCUGGUUAUCUUCUUUAUCCACAUGACAUAUAA